AAAUAGAUGUUAAAUUGUCGUUUUUAAAUAUAAGUACAUUCAUAUUUUUAACCUCUGGAUAAUGUUGGAGCCAGACGAGCCGAGACGACCCCAUCUCAGGAGAAAACGAGCACCAGGCUGAGGUGAACGAUGGUUCAUGGCAAGUGUGAGUUGAUUGCUCUGUGUCUGGGCAUCGUCGGUCUGAUCGGCACAGUCGCCGUCACGGCUCUUCCUAUGUGGAAGGUGACGGCUUUCAUCGGGGAGAACAUCAUCGUGAUGGAGGUCCGCUGGGAGGGAUUAUGGGUGAACUGUUUCAGACAAGCAAACAUUCGCAUGCAGUGUAAAGUUUACGACUCUCUGCUGUACCUCCCGUCAGACCUGCAGGCCGCCCGCGGGUUGAUGUGCUGCGCCCUGGCACUGUCCGGGCUGGGCCUCCUUGUGUCUCUCGUGGGCCUGCGCUGUAUCUCCUGUCUCAGGGAUCAACCGCGGGUCAAAAACAUUAUUGUGAUGGCCGCAGAAGCGAUGCAGAUCUUGGCUUCUUUAUGUGUUCUCAUUCCAGUCUCCUGGACCGCUCACACCAUCAUAACAGACUUUUACAACCCUUUACUCAUUGACGCCCAGCGAAGGGAACUAGGGGAGGCGCUUUAUAUUGGCUGGAUCACCAGUGCCAUCCUCUUGGCGUCCGGAGUUAUUUUCCUCUGCUGUCGCCCUGGUUAUUCAGACAAUAAACACACUUUAAACUAUGCUCACCCUCGCGCCAACACUUUCGGGUAUGUAGGAGACCAGAACAACAGCCUCUCCAUUUAUCCGUCUGUGCACAGCUUCACCAUCACACCGUCUUUCGGUCAACAUUCAUCUUACAGUGGGCAGCCAUUGACAAGGCCUUUCGUUUACAAGCAGAACAUGGUACCACCACACAACGCAAACACGUUUGGCUCACCCCAUAAUGCCCAUUACCCCAAUCAGCUUUCCUCACACUUGACAGGAAGCAUUGGCAGUAAUCCGUACACUUCCAGCACCUCUAGGACGCCGAUUGUCCCACAAUACUCAGUUUUCAUAGGUUACAACUAUUCCAGAGUUCAGUCUAGCAGCUCGGACAGUGGAUCUGGACUGCGUAUAUAAUGUGCAUAAAGCAAUAUUAAACAAACUCUGAAGACCAACAAGUAAAGUAAAAUAGUAAAAGUAAACACAAUUUGAAAUUGUAUACUCAGUGCUGAAAAAUGAGACUGGGGCCGUUUGCUUGUUAUGCCAACAACAACCUUCAUUUCACAUUGAGGCAUGUGGGCAGCAAACAUUGAAUCAGCAUAUGGCACAUUAGACCGGUUUUACCCACGGGAUGGUGUUUGCUAAAGCGGCUGUUUGGAGGUGAUGUGAUAUUUUAUGUUUUAAAUGAACAGACAUUGUUUGGUCUAGAGAGAAUGAAAAUAUUGAGAGACCGUCUCAUGGUUCUUUGUUUGGACCUCAGCCUUUUGUGUAUUGUCCAGCAUUGCUUUGUAUAUAUGCAUGAUUUGAAUGGGUCUUUAAUGAAAUGUUUUUUAUGCAAGACUGAUGUUUGACCAAUUUCAGAUUGCUUUUAACUCUUGAGUAAACAUUAAAUAUCUACUAUGAUGAUUAACCAGCAGGUGGCCUCAUUGAGUAUUGAGUUGGGCAUCUGAAUUUUCUUCAGUUUUAUCAUUUAGUCAGGCACAAGGCAACUUUUUUCUGUAGAUUUCUGUUACAAUUAGCAAAUAACAAACUUAAUUUAUGCUAUUUUAGCUAACAGUUUUAACACCUCUUGUUUAUAACAUCGUGUUAAAAUGUUUUUAUUCCAUUAAUUUGUGCCAUUCAUUAUCUGGCUUUGUUUACUGAGGCUGAACUGUAUCCUCUCUUAAUAAUCUGUGAUCCAGAUCUUGUCUCUGUAAUCCCUCUAAUGCCAUAUAAACCCACUGUCACAAAGACCU